AUGGGGAAGUCGGACAAUUAUGAAAUGUACUCAGUGGAACUGGGCCGGAAGGGCCCUGGGGGAGAUAUGGAAGCCAAGCUUCAGAAGAAGAAGAAGAAAGGAGGCGGUGGGGGGAAGAAGGAGAAGCUGGAGAACAUGAAGAAGGAGAUGGAGAUUAAUGAUCACCAGCUGUCAGUGGAAGAACUGGAGAAGAAAUACCAGACAAAUGCAACCAAGGGUCUGUCCACCCGCUUGGCAGCUGAGAUUCUGCUCCGAGAUGGGCUGAAUGCCUUGCGUCCCCCCAAAGGCACCCCUGAGUAUGUGAAGUUUGCCAGACAGUUGGCAGGGGGACUCCAGUGCCUCAUGUGGGUGGCUGCAGCCAUCUGCCUCAUCGCUUUUGGCAUCCAGGCUGGAGAGGGGGACCUCACCACAGAUGAUAAUCUCUAUCUAGCCCUCGCUCUCAUUGCUGUUGUCGUGGUUACCGGCUGCUUCGGUUACUACCAGGAAUUUAAAAGCACGAACAUCAUCGCCAGCUUCAAAAACCUCGUGCCACAGCAAGCCACCGUGAUCCGAGAAGGGGACAAGUUCCAGAUCAACGCUGACCAGCUGGUGGUGGGAGACCUGGUAGAGAUCAAGGGAGGUGAUCGUGUGCCGGCCGACAUCCGCGUCCUGGCUGCGCAGGGAUGCAAAGUAGACAACUCUUCACUGACUGGAGAGUCAGAGCCACAGACCCGUUCCCCAGAGUGCACGCAUGACAGUCCCCUGGAAACACGCAACAUCGCCUUCUUCUCCACCAUGUGCCUGGAGGGCACAGCACAGGGAUUGGUAGUAAACACCGGGGACAGGACCAUCAUUGGGCGCAUUGCAUCACUGGCCUCGGGUGUGGAAAAUGAGAAGACCCCAAUCGCCAUAGAGAUCGAACACUUUGUGGACAUCAUUGCAGGGCUCGCUAUCCUCUUUGGGGGCACCUUCUUCAUCGUGGCCAUGUGCAUUGGAUACACCUUCCUUCGGGCUAUGGUCUUCUUCAUGGCCAUUGUGGUGGCUUACGUGCCUGAAGGACUGCUGGCUACUGUCACAGUUUGUCUGUCCCUGACGGCCAAACGCCUAGCUCGGAAGAACUGUGUGGUCAAGAACUUGGAGGCUGUGGAGACACUGGGUUCUACUUCUGUGAUCUGCUCAGACAAGACAGGAACUCUCACUCAGAACCGCAUGACUGUAUCCCAUCUAUGGUUUGAUAACCAUGUGCACACAGCUGAUACAACUGAGGACCAGUCAGGACAGACCUUUGACCAGUCUUCGGAGACAUGGCGGGCACUGUGCCAGGUACUGACCCUCUGUAACCGUGCAGCCUUCAAGUCCGGCCAGGAUGCAGUGCCAGUACCAAAGCGCAUUGUGAUAGGAGAUGCCUCAGAGACCGCCCUGCUCAAAUUCUCCGAACUGACCCUAGGCAAUGCCAUGGGCUACCGGGAGCGCUUCCCCAAGGUCUGCGAGAUCCCCUUCAACUCCACCAACAAGUUCCAGCUGUCCAUCCAUGAGCUGGAGGAUCCGAGGGACAGGCGCCAUGUGCUGGUGAUGAAGGGAGCCCCUGAGCGGAUCCUGGAGAGAUGCAGCUCCAUCCUUAUCAAAGGCCAGGAGCUGCCCCUGGACGAGCAGUGGCGGGAGGCCUUCCAGACUGCCUACUUGGCCCUGGGGGGGCUGGGCGAGCGGGUCCUUGGAUUCUGCCACCUCUACUUGAGUGAAAAGGACUUCCCUCGAGGCUUUGCCUUCAACUCCGAAGACAUGAACUUUCCAAACAGUGGGCUCUGCUUUGCUGGGCUCGUGUCUAUGAUUGAUCCUCCACGGGCCACAGUCCCAGAUGCUGUGCUCAAGUGCAGAACAGCGGGCAUCAGGGUGAUCAUGGUGACAGGUGACCACCCGAUCACUGCCAAGGCCAUAGCCGCCAGCGUGGGCAUCAUCUCUGAGGGCAGUGAGACUGUUGAGGACAUUGCUGCCCGGCUCCGAGUGCCGGUGGAACAGGUCAAUCGUCGGGAUGCUCGUGCCUGUGUGGUGAAUGGGGCCCAACUGAAGGACAUGGACCCAGCUGAGCUAGUGGAGAUCCUACGCAUGCACCCAGAAAUGGUGUUUGCCCGGACCAGCCCUCAGCAGAAACUGGUCAUUGUAGAGAGCUGCCAGCGGCUGGGCGCUAUAGUGGCCGUGACCGGGGACGGAGUGAACGACUCCCCUGCCCUGAAAAAGGCGGACAUCGGCGUGGCCAUGGGCAUCGCCGGCUCAGACGCCGCCAAGAACGCGGCCGACAUGAUUUUGCUGGACGACAACUUUGCCUCCAUAGUUACUGGCGUGGAGCAGGGGCGUCUGAUCUUCGACAACCUCAAGAAGUCAAUCGCUUACACGCUGACCAAGAACAUCCCCGAGCUGACCCCCUAUCUCAUUUAUAUCACUGUCAGCGUCCCUCUGCCCCUGGGGUGCAUCACCAUCCUCUUCAUCGAGCUCUGCACUGACAUCUUUCCCUCAGUGUCUCUUGCCUACGAGGCGGCAGAGAGUGACAUCAUGCACCUGCGGCCACGCAACCCCAAGAGGGACCGGCUGGUGAACGAGCCGCUUGCUGCUUAUUCUUACUUCCAGAUUGGUGCCAUCCAGUCCUUUGCUGGCUUCACUGACUACUUCACAGCUAUGGCCCAGGAGGGCUGGUUCCCCUUGCUCUGUGUGGGCCUUCGGCCCCAGUGGGAGGAUCACCACUUACAGGACCUACAGGACAGCUAUGGCCAGGAAUGGACCUUCGGUCAGCGUCUCUACCAGCAGUAUACCUGUUAUACCGUGUUCUUCAUCAGCAUUGAGAUGUGUCAGAUAGCGGACGUGCUCAUCCGAAAGACCCGCCGACUCUCUGCCUUCCAGCAGGGCUUCUUCCGGAACAAGAUCUUGGUUAUUGCCAUAGUCUUCCAGGUCUGUAUAGGCUGCUUUCUCUGCUACUGCCCUGGAAUGCCCAACAUCUUCAACUUCAUGCCCAUCCGGUAUCAGUGGUGGCUUGUCCCAAUGCCCUUUGGUCUUCUCAUUUUCGUCUAUGAUGAGAUCCGGAAGCUUGGCGUGCGCUGCUGCCCAGGAAGCUGGUGGGACAAGGAGCUAUAUUAUUAA